AUGUCUUCACAGUUCGAGCUGGGGUACCUCACUGUGGCGAUGUGGUCUGUCGGCCUCGGCGCCAUUGGCGCUGCCGUGACGGGUAUCAUCCUGGCCAAUACAGAUUUGUUCCUGUCUAAAGCAGAGAUGGCGUCACUGGAGUUACUGGAGGACAUAGAUCUGAAGAGUCUGGAAGGAGAACAAAAAACGUUCAAAGCUGGGGAGCUGUGGAGGAAGAAGGGGGCCAUAAUCAUGGCCGUGCGGAGACCCGGAUGAUUUCUGUGCAGAGAGGAGGCCGCUGAGCUGUCCUCUCUGAAGCCUCAGCUCGACCAGCUGGGGGUCCCACUUUAUGCUGUUGUGAAAGAGAACAUCGGCACUGAGGUGGAGGAUUUUAAACCAUAUUUCAAGGGAGAAAUCUUUCUGGAUGAAAAGAAACGAUUCUACGGGCCUCGGAAAAGGAAGAUGCUCUUCCUGGGCCUCAUUCGUUGCAGCGUCUGGAAGAAUUUCUUCCGUGCUUGGCGCAGCGGCUUCAGCGGUAACAUCGAAGGAGAAGGCAUUAUCUUGGGUGGCGUUUUCGUUAUCGGACCCGGGAAGCAGGGUGUUCUCUUGGAGCAUCGCGAGAAGGAAUUCGGAGACAAAGUAAGCCCUGCCGCUGUCCUCGAUGCCGUUAAGAAGAUUAAACCCCAAUCUUCUGAUUAUUAA